AUUGUUGUUUUUAUUUCUAGGAAUGGUGAAUUGUGCCAAGAUCCAAUCCAUCAUUCCAGUUCGUCAAGCAAAAAAAAGUUUCAACAUGAAAUGCCCGGAAUAAACUGUUGAAACAUCUUGAAUUGGAAUCUCCACAGAAAAUCUUAUGUUUAUGAUUUUACAAAAGAUUUAAAUUUAAUCUAAAAUGGACAUGGAGAAUGGUUGGAGUGAACUGCCCGAUCACGUUUUGUUGCAGAUAUUUCGAUUUCUCAAAGCAGAAGACAUACUGAAACUUUCCACCGUUUCCCAGACUUGGUACAGAGUUUCUAGAGAUGAACUAUUGUGGAAAUCUUUCUUUAAAAGAGACUGGAACAUCAGUCCAAAAAUUGGAAUCGCUCCGGGCAAAACUUCAUGGUUCAGUGAAUAUCUGAGACUGUGGCAGCACACACCAAUAUUAGAAACUGAGGUAUUAAAGGGCCAUACACAUCAAGUGCUUCAUGUCAGUUUCUCGCACAAUGGCAAAUAUUUUGCCACCUGCUCCAAAGAUGGCUAUGUCAUGCUUUGGGAUGCUGGUUAUCCUGCCAGAAUCAAACAUUAUUAUGAUAUGAAAGUGUACAGCUGGAAAAACACUCAGUUUAGUCAAUUUAAUGAAUCAGAUACCCUUCUGUUGGUGUCGGGAGUUCAUUUUGGUAAUCACUCAAAUACGGGUGAAAUCGCCGUUUUCAAUCUUGAGGAGAACUUUGUGAUUCAGUGCAGAAUGUCAAAUAAGCCUUACGAUUUUUUUGGUACGUGGUACAAUGACAACUACCUACUAUCCGGUGAUUUACGCUGGCUUGCCCAUCUCGUUAGUACGUCAAUCGUUUGGUUGAAUCGAGCUUCACAAGAGUCCGAUUCGGAAUUCACUUCAAUCAUGAACCGUAUGUUCAAGUUUUAUAACCGAAGCGCCUCUUCUAUUCGCUCAAUCACGGUGGCUAACUGCCGCUCUUUACCUCAACAUCAGACGUCUUCUUCCUCGCCGACACCCUCUGGCACGUCUGACGAUUGCGCCUCCAAUAAAAGCUGCCACAAGACGGGGAAUCCAAUUUCACAGCCCGAACUUGCCGGAACCAAGACUGUAGAUCCCGGUUCAGCCAAAGAGUCCUUCCAAGAAACAUCUGAAGGAUCUUUGUGGCCAAUCAAUACUACCGAUGAGUUUCAGUGCUGGCGGCGAAACUCUCCCGACGUUUCCAUUUCAGGUAGUACAUCCGCAAUGGACCAUGACAUAGAGGACGAUUCAAAGAGUGAAGAUAACGAAGCCGGUGAGCAGUCAGGUAGAUCCGAUUCGCCGCUGACCAGUUCCGGAACUGGAGCACGGUCUCAACGUGCAGAAUCUGAAGCCACGGACGAAGAUUCAGAGGAAGUGCUAGAUCCCCGUGAAAAAUUCCUAAUUUUCACUAUGGGUUCUAGAACUUACACUCCGCAUCAAAUAGGUUUGAAACGAAUAACUCCGUUUACUUUUUGCAAUCGCAUCGACGUUGGGCCGAGUUUGGCUGAACGAGUGGCUAUCCAGAGGCAAGAACGGCAAGCUUUGGAAGAAUCUCUGGCCCUUGGAAUUCCUCCUCCUGAACCUGUUUGGCAGGACUUUGAGGCGGUAGCCGAUCGGUUUGACCCAAUUGAUCAUAUCAUCGAUUUGAAUGGACAUAUAAUUGGAAUGUCUUUGUCUCCAGAUCACAGAUAUUUAUACGUCAAUGUGCGACCCUGGCCACAAGGUUGUACUAUAGAGAAUCCCCUCCAACCACCGCCCAUUGCCCAAGAGAUUGACAUACACGUAAUUGAUCUAGUUACAUUGAAGCAGGUCGGAUCUUUGUUACGGGCUCAUCGGUCAUUCACGCCUAAUGACGAAUGCUUUUUUAUCUUUCUGGACGUCAGUAAGGAUUACGUUGCAAGUGGUGCGGAGGACAAGUAUGCGUACAUAUGGGAUAGGCAUUAUGGUGGCGUACUAGCAAAAUUAAACCAUUUAGAUGUGGUGAAUGCUGUUUCGUUUAACCCCAGGGAUCCCGAAGUUUUGAUCACCGCUUCCGAUGACUAUACGUUAAAAAUUUGGCGAUCUCGACACCGAGCUCGGCAAUUAAAACUGCCUGUGGAAGAGUUUCCCGUUGGAAUGGAGUUUCGCCGACGGUGCUCACGAUUGAAUUAAAACAAUUUUUUAUUUGUGUUUGAAACUCACUCUAAUCGCUCUAAUCAAUGAUGGCUGUCAGUUCGUCAUUUCGUCAUAAACUUUACUCAGAAUGGCACUGCUUUUUCUAUUAAAAUAAUUAUGGAAUCAUUAUUAUUGACCACUUGGCAGUUUUGUAUUACAGUUUUUAUCUUUAGAUUUCUUUAGUGCGUUUGGAUUCAGCUCAAGAAAAAAUAAAUAAAUAAGAUCGA